AUGCUACCCUCCAUCUCCCGGACAAUGCCUCCGGGGUCACGACUCUCCCGAUCCCUUCAGCUUCGUCAGCUCCGCACGGCAACACGGCGGGAGACGCUACCGUCGAGUGCGAUCCGCAUAUUCCGAUCCGUCGACUCGGUGCGGUCAUGGCGGGCCCCGCUGACCGAAACGCGCCGUACGGUGGGGUUGGUCCCGACGAUGGGAGCCCUGCACGCGGGCCACCUGGCGCUGAUCCGCGCGGCCGCACGUGAGAACCACCACGUCGUGGUGAGCGUGUACGUCAACCCGGCGCAGUUCGGCAGGACCGAGGACCUGGAGUCGUACCCGUCCACGUGGGAGGCGGAUGGGAGGAUCCUAGCCGCGCUGGACCGCGAGCUCGCAGGCGACGGGGCCAACCUCGGCCGCAUCACGGCCGUCUUCGCCCCGACCACGCGGGACAUGUACCCUGGUGGGUUUCCCGGGCAGGACGUCGACAGCAAGGGGAGCUUCGUGACCGUCACCCCCGUCGGCGAGGUGCUCGAGGGCGCCAGCAGGCCCACCUUCUUCCGCGGCGUGGCGACGGUCUGCAUGAAGCUCUUCAACAUCGUGCAGCCGACGAGGGUGUACUUUGGCCAGAAAGACGCGCAGCAGACCGUCGUUAUCCGCCGCAUGCUAGCCGACUUCAUGGUGCCCUCAGACAUGGUGGUGUGCCCUACCGAGCGCGACGCCUCCGACGGCUUGGCUCUCAGCUCCAGGAACGUCUACCUCGGCCCGCGGAGGAGGGCCGUCGCGCCCGUCCUGCACCGUGCCCUCCUGGCUGGCGCCGACGUCUACGCCCACGGGGAGGGGAGGCCGGAUCGCCCAUCCAUCUUGGCCGCCGCUAACCGUGUGCUGGAUGACGUCGCCGCCGCCCAGAACGCCCUGCCGCCCAGCCGGAGGGCCCUGUUCGAAGUCGACUACGUCUCCCUCACCGACCCAGAUACCAUGCUCGAGAUUGACGCCGUAGACCCGGAAGUCGGUGCUAUUCUCAGCGGGGCCAUCAGGAUGCCCAAGCUGGAUGAGGUGAAUCCCGGUGAGGAUCCUGGUCACAGUGGUGGUCCGUCUGUGCGGCUCAUAGAUAAUGUCGUGCUACCACCUAGGAGGGAUGAUUGA